GUUGGACUCUUAGUCACAGUCCAAACACGUCCCCUUUAGCUUAGCUUUAAACUCCAGCUAAUCUCCUCCUACUUUCAUGGGUAUUGCUGCUUUUAGCUUUUGCAUGUUUUUCUACUUGUUUUAAGUUUGUGGUUUAUCAGGAACCACCUCUUAAUUUCUUAAAGUGAUUUUUCUUUAAGAGUAUUGGUUCCUUUAUCUGCUUACUGUAUCAACAACUUACCUCUUGAGGGCUUGAAAAAUGUGGAGUUGUUAUUUACCUGUUCUUAAUGAGCACUUCAUUGAUUUUAUGUCAUAACUUUAUUAACGCAAACCACAGUAGAAACAAUAUUUACUUGCAUAAUUCUUCCUGUUCUUCGCUUCAAAUGAGUGGUAAGAAACAAAGGUUUUGUGGGUUCAUCCCAAAUGCUAAAAACCAUAAUAACCAUUCCAAGGGAAAUAGAAGUUGGUGGCAAAGGUUUUUCUUUGAUGAUGAUGGGAAUUGGCUUGGUUUGAAAGAUAACGAUAUGUUUAAGGAGGAGGCUGAGGUUUGUAGUGAUGAGAAGUUAUCAGAGAGUGAAAAGUUUGAGGCGUGGAAGAGGCGGGCGGAGGUGAUAAUUGAGUUGAGGGAAGCCCAAGAAGACAUGAGGAAUGAAGAAAGUAGAAGGUGGGAGGAUUGGAUUGUGGAUGAUCAUGGAAAUGGUACUGAUGGUUCUUGGAGUCAAGAUUUGGGUAAUGGGGCUUGGGAAGGGAAGGACGAAGCACAAUCGGAUCCCACUGAGUUAUUUUCUGAAAGGGGGUUGGUUGAGUCUGUGAGAGACUUAGUUUUUGGGAAAGAAGAGGAUGAUAUUCUGUAUGAGGACCGGGUUUUUCGAUACGCCUCCUUGAAUUCAGCUAAAUUUUUGGCAGUACUAAUAAUUAUUCCAUGGGCCUUGGACUUUGUGGUUCAUGACUAUGUUCUCAUGCCUUUCUUGGACAGAUAUGUGAAGACUGUACCACUUGCAGCUCAGAUGCUUGACGUGAAAAGACAUCAAAAGCUAGAAAUGGUCAAGGAAUUAAAGGUUCAAAAAGCAAGAUUCCAGCUUGAGGUUGAGAUUGGUAAAUCUCCUCCUCUUUCAGAUGAGGAAGUUUGGUGGGAGUUAAGACAUAAAGCGUUAGAGUUGCGUGAUGAAUGGAGGUUAGAGAACCGUAGAGCUUUUGCCAAUAUAUUGUCGGAUAUGGUAUUUGGGAUCUCAUUAUUCAUUCUUUUAUACUUCAAUCAGAGUAAAGUAGCUUUGCUCAAAUUUGCAGGUUAUAAGAUAAUAAACAAUAUUUCGGAUACCGGGAAAGCUUUCCUAAUUAUUCUUGUCACAGACCUUUUUUUAGGAUAUCAUUCUGAGUCAGGUUGGCAGACUCUUUUGGAGAUUAUUGUUGAGCACUAUGGUCUUGAAGUUGAUCAGUCUGCCAUAACCAUUUUUAUCUGCCUGGUUCCUGUUGUCAUCGAUGCAUGUGCGAAACUUUGGCUGUUUAAAUUUCUUCCAAGGUUAUCCCCAAAGGUAUCAAAUAUAUUCCGAGAAAUGAAGCGUCACUAGUCGAAAUUUUCAAUUGAGUUUUGCAAUUCAUUUGAGAUAUAGUACCAAACACUGCAUUUUCCAUAGAGUAGUGUGUACAUCUAUAAGUAACAUGAAUGAGGAUAAGGACUGCCUCUCAAGCUUUGCUUAAAAUGGAGAUCAUAUCAAUUUAAUUAAGAGCUUGACAUGUCGA